UGGCCCCUUUGCCCUCCCCCGGUGCGCCCUGCCCCGUGCGCCCCCCCCCCCCGGUGCCCCCGGUGCGCCCCCCCCCGGUGCCGGGGAUGCUUCGCCGCCGCGGAGCCUUCAGCGUGGAGCCGCUCCGGGGGCUCGAGCUGGUGGCGGGGGCACGAUCCCCUCUUAAAGCUUCCCGGGGGACGCUCAGGGGCUGGGCAGGAUCCGUCCCGCGGUGCCCACGCAGCGCGCCGGCAGCCCGUGGAAGUCGGGCGCGUGGGAGCGGCAUUGCUGGGAUGCGCGCGGCCCUCGGGGGCUGCUGAAAGGCAGGAUUGUCCCCGAGGCCACCGCCGUGGCCCCAGCGCCGUGCUGAGCCCUCCCGGCCCCCGAGGGACCCGCGGGCCCGGCUCCGGCUGGGGCGGGUAUAAAAGGCAGCGCCGGGACGCGCGCCCGGCACUCGGCUCUCGGCGAUGUGGGGUGGCUCCCGCGCCGUCUGGAAGAGGAGGUGCAGCUGCUGUGAAUGGUCCCUGGGAGACGGCGGAGAGCUGCGUGGUGCGCACGUCCGCCAGCGUCUACCGUCGGCUGCACGAGAGCCCCCGGAGCCCCCCGGUGGGGAUGAGCGGCGAGGAAUCGGGCGCUUGGGGCCCCCCGCAGCCCCAGCCAGCCCCGGGCAGCCCCCAGGCGAGCGGGCGGCUCCUCAAGUCGGAGUCGGAGGACUCCGGGGUGGAGAUGGCGAGCAACGAGAACUCGCCCUCCACCCCGCUGGGCUCCGAGAGCAGCUUCUCCCUCGACGGCUUCCAGCCAGCCCGCGGGGACCCCCCCGAAGAGCCCCCCGGGAGGGGAACGUGGUGCUGAGCCCCCCCGGCCCCUCCGCAGCCGCUCGGCCAGCAGGAAGCCGGGGCAGCAGCGCAGCAGGAGGCAGCGGCAGCUCAGCCGGCGCAGCACCAGCGCUGGGGACCCCCGGGAGCUCGGCGCCGAGGAGCCCGAAGCAGCCGGGGCCGAGGUGGAGGCGGCAAUGCCGGGGCAGGGGCUGCGGUACCUGGAGCACAUCUGCCAGAUGCUGGAGCGCGUGGCGCGGCUGCAGCAGGACAACCGGCUGCUCCGGCAGCAAGCGGCGGGCGCCCGGCGCGCCGGCACCGUGCCCAGCAGGCAGCAGGAUCCGGCCGCGUGGAGGAGCGAGCGGUUCCGGGCGCGCUCGUGCUCCGACAGCCAUGCGCCAGCCCCCGACCCCGCACCGUGCCGGAGGAGAUGGGUGCACUCCGCCAGCUCCCCCAGCCUGCUGGACCCCUCCGAGAGCGGGUCGGGCGCCCCGUCCCCAGACAAGGACGGGCGCUCGCACUGGGGGCGCGUCAAGGUGCUGCUCACCCGCCUGGCCCGGCGCUCCCUGCGGGGCGGCCGCUGCCGGUAGGGCCAGGGACCCCCCCCACACACACACCCCUCGACCCCCUGGAUGACGUCACGCCCCGCCGGAUGACGUCACACCCCCACUAGAUGACGUCACACCCCGCAGGAUGACAUCGCACCCCUCCGAAUCCCAUCACGCCGCACGGCACCGGGGCUGGUCCCCGUCCAGGCGCACCCCCACCCCCAAUUUUCUCCCCAAUUUUCUCCCAAUAAAAGCUUUUUCCACGA